GAUUAAAAAUAGCAUCGGAAACACUCUUCUUUGCGUUAAUACACACCGCAAAGAGAAAAUAUACAAAAAAUCUGAACCAUUUCAGUCUUUCUCACACAAUUGGUUACUGUAGAUUCAUUUCAACUGAAAAAAAGUACUGUGACUCAUUCUUCUUUCACCUUCUUCGUUCAUUUCUGCACAAUAAAACCAAACCCUAGAAAACAGAUUUUUCCUAAUUUCCAUUCUCAUUCAUGGCUUCUUCAUUGUCUCAACAACCGAAACAAUCUCCUGUAUCACCUCAGCUUUCCCUUCACCUCACACCUACUCCAAUGCAUAAGAAUCGUUUGCAAGAGUUUACACAGAGGUCAGGGAUGUCAUUUCCUGUGUUUGAAACAGUGAAUGAGGGACAAAGUCAUGCACCUCAGUUUAGAUCUACUGUUUGGGUGGAUGGAAUGAGUUUCACUUCGCAACUCACUUUCUUCCAUCGGAAAGCGGCUGAGCAAGAUGCUUCUAAGCUUGCAUUGGAGUGUCUUACCAGGAAGAUUAAAGAGGAAGUUUACUCUUUUGUUUCUGAGAAUGCUAUAAUUUGCAAGCAGGUCUUGAACGAGUAUGCUGCAAAGUUGAAUAAGGAACUACCUACAUACAACACUGUUCAGCUCCAAGAAGUGGUUCCAGUUUUUGUAUGUACUGUGGAUUUUAUUGGUUCAAGUUACACCGGAGAUGUGGCUAGAAGCAAAAAGGAUGCAAAGCUUUUGGCAGCUCGUGCUGCUAUUCUUUCAAUGCUGGGUAACUCUGACUCGGAAAUGCUUUGCCAAAUAAUCAAGUCAAAAUCUAAAAUGUAUUGUUCAUCCAAAGUAAAUACUGCACAUUUCUCAAUGGCAAUGGAUCAUAGAGACAAGAAAGUUGUAGAUCCUGUGGGUAAUGCUAAUAUUAAUGCGAUAAAUGUUGUACUUCCUGAGUCUGACCCAAUUGUUUCCUCAUGUCAACAACCUGAGAUGCGAAAACGCAAACCAACCCCUGACGCCGCCAAGUGUCCCAAUGAGUCUCAGCAGCCAGGUGUUGUACUUCCUAUUAGCGAUCCUGUAGGUUCGUAUCAUAAAUAUAAGGAAGUUGCAAGUCCUAUCGGUAAUGCUAUUACUAAUGAGAUUCAAGUUGUACCUCUUGAGUCUGGCCCAAUUACUUGCACUUGUCAACAACCUGAUAUGCCAAAACAAGAAUCAAUCCCUAAAGCCACCAAGUCUGCUGGUGAGUCUCAGCAAUCAGAUGCCACACUUAUUGCUAACGGUUUAAGUUCAAAAAAGCGGCGAAUAAUCAAUAGGAAGGCUAACAAAAAGGCACGGUUGGAAGCUCAGUUACAGUCUUUAUCUGCUAACCAAGUUUUUCCUUGUACUUCCAUGGCACAGUAACAAUGUGUAAGUGCAGGUGGCCGAACCAAGUUUCUCUUUGUACGUCCAUGGCACAUUAACGAUGUGAAAAUGUAAUAGAAUUAGAAUUAUAAAAUCACAUGAUCAGUAUCAGGAAAAUAACAUAGGUGACACCUAGUCAGUGACCUCUUAGUCAUAGUCACUAAGUACUUUAAGUAAUGUGAUUGCGUAGCAUUAUAACAUGUUUAUCUUCAUGUUGUUCCUAGUCCUAGCAACUGUAUUGAUGUUUGUGAAAUUGUGUUACUUAUAAACAUUGAAUGUCUUCAUGUUGUUCCUAGUCCUAGCAACUGUAUUGAUGUUCCUAGUCCUAGAAACUGUAUUAAUGUUUGUGAAAUUGUGUUAGUGCUUA